AUGAGUGAUGGAAUAAUUCCAUCAGAAAUUGAUAAAUUAUUAAUUCAAAUUACUACAUACAAAAAUCCUUUCAAUGUUAUUGGUGUUUUACCUGAAGAUGAUAAUGAUACUAUUCAUAAAAAAUAUCGUAAAAUAUCAUUAAAAUGUCAUCCAGAUAGAUGUCAUCAUCCUUUAUCAAAUACAGCUAUUUCUUGUUUAUCUAAAGCAAUUAAAGCAAUAGAAGAUGAAGACCAAAGAAAAAAAUAUACAGAUUUAAUGGAACAAGCUAGGAUUCAGUUAAUGACAGAAUUAAAAAAUAAAGGAGAACUCUCAAAAAUAAAUACAAAAUCAGAUGAAUAUCGACAAUUAUUAUGUGAAUGUUGUGAAAAAAUAAUGACUGAAACUGAAUUAAAGUUAGAAAAAGCAGAAAAGAUUAGACAAGCUAAUUUAAAAAGAGAAAAAGAAGAAUUACAACAUCAAGAAGAAAUUCAAAAAUUACAAAAACAACAAGAAGAAGAUUGGGAAAAAUCUAGACAACAAAGAUUUAAUAAUUGGAGAUCUUUUAUGUCUAAAAAGAAUAAAUCAUUAAAUAGUAAUGAACAUAAACCAAUAAAACCACCUAAAACUACAUUAAUGAAUUAA